ACUGAGCGCUGCAAACGACCUACCACGUUCGCAGCCAUGGUGGGACAUAGAAGAUGCUUCUUGCUGCAGUGUUUGAUUUUGACGGCUUUUGAAGGCAUUUGGUUUACAUGCUCGAUGGUUACACCAGGGAUAUUAGAAAAACUCUAGUAUUAUCUAGUAUCUACUGUGCUAACGGAAGUUUAAUGAGUGAUAUACUUGCUAUUUUGGCCAGGUGGACAAUUUCUCGGGUCGCAGCGCGCGUGUUUGAGUUGGAAUUUGGACCAGUGAAGGUGGUUUUCGCACCAGAUAUAGCGUAGCACCGUAAGAUAUCGUAACUCCUUUUAACCACGAUGUUUUAAACGAGUAAUAUUUCUGCUGGCAUUUGGGUAGGUAGGCUAUCCGAAAUCGAAGGACAAGAAAACACCUGAUUCACAUGGGGAUAUUUUUAUACCGGUUGAUGAGGACAUCGCCCUUCUGUGCAGAAGAGAGAAGCUCAAGUUCGGCACCUGCCUCAUUAACCGGCUGAAAUGUUACUAUAAGAAGGACUGUGGAAGGGAGUACAUGUUGAUGAAAUUAAUCUGCUCAGGGUGAAGGGGAUUUGAGAAGAGCCACUAAUGGCUGAAGUUGGGUUUCUGCCCCCUGAGCUGACAUGAAAGAGUUCCACCCCGUGUAUUUAAAAAUUCUAACGGGUUGAGGAUUAAAUAUUAAACACGGCAGACUUGAGAAUCGAUUCCUCCGCUGAGGAAUGAAAAUCUUGGGAGUGUUCCUGACCUGCGGUCCACAGAGAGUGAGCUCGAACCAGAGCAGUGUCCAUGAGUACCCAGACUGCCGUGAUGGGGGCAGCGAGGCCAGCCUGCUGGUGUCUCCGCUGGUGGUGGCUGGCAUCGUCAUCGGCCUGGUGCUCUUUCUGUCCUGCGUUACCAUCAUCGUGGGCAGCCUGCGCAAAGACAGCCGUCUGCGCAACCCCCACCUGCGGGCCAGCUAUGCUCCGGAUGGAUUUUCGUACGGCGGCUCCAUCGGGGAGCUGAGGUCGACGUGUGUCGAGGAGUACCCUCCAGCGUUUGACUUUGACUCCUACGUGGAGACUCUAUCACAAGUCAAUGUGAUGUAUCCAGACUCCCCGCCUCACUAUGAUGAAUGUGUGGGACCAGGUGCGACACAGAUAUACGUCCCCACAGAUGACCCCCCUCCAUACUCCCUCACGGACCCCUGUCAGCGGGGCCACCAGCAGGCCACCUACACCAGCCUGGAGAUGGAGGAGCCGUCCACUGGAGCUGGGGCCUCUUGGGUGUCCGCCAGCAGCGCUGCCGCCUCCCACUACCCGAUCGGACUGCACGAGCUCCGGCAGCAGCCAAUAUCCUCCAUCUCCCAGUCAGCGUUCCCCCUGGAGGAGGCGCCCCCGUACGAGGUUGUGGUGAGCAGGCAGAACCAGCCCAUCCCUCUGAUGCCCAUGGACCUGCUCAAACAUCCCUCGGAGGACAGCCAUAGUCCCCAGAGAGCCCUGGCUGUCGCACACAGAAUCCUGUAGAGCUGACUGGGCUAGUCCACUCCAAUGCUCUUCGUGUGGACAGCCACACCCCCCACCCCAGUCUAAGUAGGACAGCCUGAAAUCUCUCUUCUGCUUCUUCCAGUGUCCCUUUGUGCAUGACAGGCAGUAUCAAAAGAGAUGGACUUUCUGGACUGAAGCGGAAACUUUGGGUUGAACCUGAACUCUGAACCUGCACCUUCCUUUCCUUCCCCCUACCUCUUGGACAAGCUGCGUCCCCCAACUCCCAAGAUGUUAACCGCACCACUUCUCACUCUCUCUCCCUUUACUACUGGGGCACUGCCAUGACAUCACAGGGCUACUACUGGCUACCUGGGGCUGGGAGUGUGGUCUUUCUGUCCAAAGGGAAUUCACUUCAUACUGUACAAUGGUCUCAAUUUAGGAGGCAUUCACGCAUUUAGGAAGCAUUAUCAAAGUCUGUUUUUAGCACACAAAAAAACACUAGAGGUAACCUGAAGUGGUUUCACAUAGAUAUUCUGUAUGUACUGUUGGUUCUUGUUGUGUUGAAAUGGAAUCGCUCUUGAUAAAAAACACUAAUUUCACAUUCCAUCACAUAUCCAUAUGGUUUUAUUAAUAUUUUCUACCUGCAAAUAAUAUUUGAUUUAUAUUUAGUUGACUUUAGGACUCUGACAGUCUGUAAAAUGUCCAGAAAUUUCAACUGAUAAAUAUACCCCAGUGUUAUACACUGUUAAAAAAGGUUCUAUCUAGAACCUAAAAGGAUUCAUUGGCUGUCCCUGUAAGAGAACCCUUUGAAGGACCCUUUUUGGUUCCAGCUAGAACACGUUUGGUUCCACAUAGAACCUUUUCCACAGAAGGUUCUACAUGGAACCAAAUAUGGUUCUCCUAUGGGUACAGUCGAUGAAUCGUUUUAGAAAAAACAUUUUCUAAGAGUAGGUAUUUUUUUUGCACUAUUAUUUGACAUAAAUUAUUUUUGUGGUAUAUGGUUUUAUAUGGUUUCUGGAUAUAAACACGUUCAUAUGAGAUGGAAAUACUGUCUAUUCUCUAUAAUUAGGUUUCCCCUCUGGGGGCUGAGGCCUAUUUAGAUCCAAACUGUUCUGUUUCAGUCUCUAAACGUGUACCGCCACACAUUCCUCUUCUCUUUCUCUCGCUACUCCUCUUUUUGUGGAGAGCUUUUUUAGGUGUUCAUGAGUGAGAUUUACUAUGCGCUUGACCCAUUCGCCAGCUAACAUCAAAGUACAAUAUACCUUGUAGCAGAGAUACAAUGGUAUUUGACAAUUGGUGGGAAGGAUAAAUAAUAUGAGCACACAGUUUACUGUGAUUAGGGGUUUACUAUACUUUAGUACUGUCAUCUUUGAUAUUAUGAUAAAAUAAACAAUUCAUUUUUACAAGUUAUUAUUCAGUUUAGACACAUUGUAUUUUUCGAUAUGCUGGAAUAUUUUUAAUGGUUCCAAAUUAUUAUUCAGUGUUUUGUUUUUGGUUGUGAGUAUUCAUUGUACAGAUAAACUGUCUCCAGUUGAACUGUUCUUACAUGUCUGUCAUCUAUGUAUAAAUGGUAUAAAAAUGACUGUGCCUGCCAAGCACUAAGUCUAAGACUGUUAGACUGCUUAACAUUGUAGCCAUAGUAACUUGAAACACUGAUUAACAUAUCAAGAGCUUUCCUUUUCCAAAUGGCUUGUUCUUUUUCAAGGCUUGUGUUACUUUGUUAAGUUAUUCAGAUAAGGCUAUGUUCAUCAUUGAAACCCCAGAAAAAAGUACUCUCAGCAGAAAAUGUCCAUAUUUUGUGUAUAAAACCGUAUUUGUGGAGUCAAUGACCCCCUGUCACCUUUGCGUUUGGCCCAGAACUUGUUAUCUCUGUUCCAGCCCCCCUCUCUUUCUCAUUGUCUCCCUCAUUUAUCUUACCAAAUCCCUUAUUGUGAAGUGAAGUCCUCACUGAUGAACCCUUAAUGAAUAUUUUAUAAAUGAAUUAGUCGCAUGAUUGCAUUGCUGGCAUUGUGGAUAAAAGUUAUAAAGAGAUGAGUAUUUAUUUAGAAUAGCUUUAUCAAUAAUGUGUAUAACUGUGGACGGACUACUAUUAAAUCGUUGUUGUGAGAUUCACCAGAAUGUAGAUGUACGACAACACAGAUGCUUCGCACUAGACAGAAACGUCUAAAGAUUAAAGAUCAACAGGUUAUUUUUCUUGCGUUACAUUCUUGUGCCAAUCAUCAUCGAAUGGAUUUGACUUUGAAGAGAGUCUGUUAAAUGGCUUUUAAAAACCAAAUGCCGUUCUCAUCACUUGUUAAUACAUAUUCUAUUUGUGGUCAGAAUGGUCAUGUCAAGCCCUAUAAACAAAGCCACGUUUGGGCUGAAAAUGAUGUGUUAAUAAUUUGACAAUGAGCAUUAUUGCUUAUUGUUAUGUAGCUGUGGCAAAUCUAGCGAUGCGAUACAAUAAUAACGAUGUUCUUGUGUUUCAUAAACUGAAAUCUUAAAAAGUGCAAUGCAGUGAACAUAAGUACAACGUAUUAGAUUGUGUGCAUCGUGACACACUCAGAGUCAUCCAGAAAUGCAACUUUACCUGCCUUUACAAGUCAGUUCGAAAAGCAAUGUUACUGUGUUGGAAGACCUAGUCCAACACCUGUUGAGGUAAAACUGCAAUGCGGUUCACUCUGGUCUUACAUGCUGUUUUGUCUUUGUUGUUUACUUCCUUUUGGUAACACAAUAAGUCCAUGUUCAACAUAAAUGUGAAAUAAUGUGUAACGCUGUACACGUACACUUCCAAUGUAUAGUUUCCCCUAUAAGUCCCACUGUUGUGCACAACUGUCCUGUGUGACAAAAGAUCCUUGUUUCCUAUAAUCACAGUCAUCGACGUAUAUCCAUGUUUUGUAUUAGAGCUUUUAUUAAUUUCUUAUAUUGGGGAAAUUAAAUACAUUUGACCUUUA